AUGGAAAAGAAGCCAGAGCUACAGAGAUCAGAAAACAGCCUGGUUUCUUUGAAAGGCUCCGACAGCCUCACAACUCCAAAGAAACAGACGCGGUUUGUCCCUGCUCCUGAGACCGCCGUAACCGGGGACGGGGAGGACUAUUUCCUGUCUUUGUUUGGUGAAUCGAAGAAACUUCUUGCACACUCAUUCCACUCCAAGAGGACUUGGAGGCACUUUUCUAUGAUUCUUGAAGAACUGGGCCAGUCUAGAUACAGUGCUCUUGGAGACAUCAAAAUAGCCGAAGUAAAUGUUAAGGAUUUAUUUGUGAAGCUCAUUAACUCUUCCCUUGACAAAGAACUGGAGAUCGGAGGCCAUAUUCUCCAGCAAAAUGUGGAUGCACAAAGAGUCUCUUUGUACCGAUUCCUUCCAGAUAUCAGAAUGCAGGCCAACUGCACAGCAACAGCUAUUGCCUGGUAUACUCCUACUCACUGGAAGCAAGCAUGGGAGAAACCGGACACGGACACUGAAUUUGACAGAUGCUCAGUAGUAAGCCCUGUGUCUCAAAGGCACAGGUUUCACUGGGCACCAGCUGUAACUCCAACUAAAGAGAAACAAGAUCAGUCUAAGGAAGACACCUCCAGAUAUCAGAUGGAACCAGGUGGAGUUUUUCUUCAGAGAGAAAAAGAUAUCCCAUCAACCCUCUUCCCUAAUCACAGCCCUUGGUGCCACAGUCCCAAUGUCCCUGCACAUCCCUACUGUCCUCUGAUUGGGCCUCACUAUCCCUGUGAGGCUGGAAGCAGCUUAGGUAGACAGCCCAGGCCUUGGUCACCUAGGCCUGACCCAGCCCAGGGACUGAAAAACAAGACAUCUGAAUUACAAAAGCAAUAGGCAAUCAACUCAGCCUUUAAAGGACAAUAAUAUCCAAACCUAGGGAACACAAAGGUGCCCGACACGCUGAGGCCAGAUUUCUACGCAGGAGAGGAAGCCAGCAGCAGGCAAGAAAACUGUUUCUUCUAGAAAGAUGAAUUCCUCAGAACUUCACUGCAACCAUUUCUUAAAGAAGGAGAUGGAAUUUGUGGACAAGUUAAAACAUU